GCAGCCUCAGCAACAACAACAACAACAGCAGCCUCAGCAAACAACAACAAUAUGGCGCUGCGGUGACGUCCGCUCAGCAGCCCUAUGUGAAUGGCAACUACCAGCAGUUGGCCACGUCGAUGAGCGGCUUGAGUGUGAGUGGUAAUCCUCUGAGCCUGCACAGCCGUCGCUUCCUAUGCCCUCGGUUGGAGUUGGAGCUGCUGCACCGCCGGGCUCAUACAAUCAGUUUAACUCGAACGCGCCGCCAACGUCGCAGCCAUUGCCUCCGGCCGGAUCAGGCUUAAGCUUCAACAAUAACAACAAUGCAUACGCGGCAGCCUAUGCAAAUGGCUCAACAGUUCCAUCUCCGGCACCUCCCGUGUCUGCAGCUGGAGGAGCAGCAGCGCCACCGCCGUCGCUGUAUCCACCCACAUCAGCGGCGCCUACUUCUGUUCCGCCUGCAUUGGCACCUGCACCUAUGCCGCAAAGUGUGCCCAGCGGCAUCAACCAGAUGACACUCAACAGCGCCAAUUUGGCGGGUUUGCCACACAUGCCACCACCAAAACCAGCUGGACAACAGCUGCCACCAACAUCCAUCGCCGCUGCGCAGCCGCCACCACCAACAGCUCAGCCAGCUUAUCCACGACCUGGUCAACCGCUGCAGCCACCCGGCAGCGCUGCUCCAGGCACGUUCGCGCAAUCUGGCAUGCCACCUCAGCCGGCCGCGGCUGGUGGCCCAUAUGGAGUACCACCGCCUGGAAACUAUCCAGGCGGCUAUGCCGGGCAACCAAAUGCUGCAUUCCAAGGCGCACCACCGCUACCAGGUCAGCAGCCAGCGCCGCCACAGCCUCAACAAUUUGGCGCAGCUCCGCCUCCAGCAGUCGGCUUUCCGCCACAACCAGGGCAACAGUUGCAACAGCCGUCCAUGCCUGGCUAUCCGCCACAGCCAAUGCCCGGAUAUCCACCCCAGCCUGGACAACAGCCACAACAGCCAAUGCCCGGCUAUCCGCCCCAGCCUGGCACCUAUCCGGGACAACCAGGACCCGGUCGUCCUGGCUACAAUCAGCCACCCAUGCCGGGCGCUGGCAAUAUGUACCAACAGGCACCGCCGCGUCGCCUAGAUCCCGAUCAAAUGCCAAAUCCCAUACAGGUGAUGAUUGAAAAUCAGCAAGCCGCUGGAGGUCCAUUUGUGACCAAUCAGGCUGGCCUAUUGCCGCCGCUGGUGACCACGAAGUUUGUCGUCCACGAUCAGGGCAAUUCCUCGCCGCGCUUUAUACGCUCCUCUCUCUACUGUAUACCCAAUACGGGCGAUCUGCUCAAGACGACGGCACUGCCACUAACGCUCAACAUUUCACCGCUGGCGCGCAUUGGCCAGGGUGAAAUGGAGCCGCCAAUAGUGAAUUUUGGUGACAUGGGUCCCAUACGGUGCAAUCGUUGCAAGGCCUACAUGUCGCCCAAUAUGCAAUUCGUGGAUGCAGGUCGACGUUUCCAGUGCCUCAUGUGCAAGGUCACAACGGAAGUGCAUCCGGACUACUAUCAGCACUUGGACCACACCGGGCAGCGAGUGGAUAAGCAUGAGCGACCGGAGCUGCUUCUGGGUACUUACGAGUUUCUAGCUACCAAGGAUUACUGUCGCAACAAUACGGCUCCUGAGGUGCCGGCGUUUAUUUUCAUCAUAGACGUCUCGUACAAUACGAUCAAAUCUGGCUUAGUGCAUUUGCUUUGCUCGCAAAUAAAGCACAUACUCAAACAUUUGCCUGUGGACCAGGGUCAGGACAAGUCGAAGGUGCGCGUCGGCUUCAUAACCUACAACAGCACUGUGCACUUCUACAAUAUCAAGAGUAGCUUGGCGCAGCCUCAGAUGAUGGUUGUGGGCGAUGUGCAGGAAAUGUUUAUGCCGCUACUUGAUGGUUUCCUUUGCCAUCCAGAGGAAUCGGCGGCCGUGAUCGAUGCACUAAUGGAGGAAAUACCGCGCAUGUUUGUAGACACCAAGGAAACAGAAACUAUACUAUAUCCAGCUAUACAGGCUGGUCUAGAAGCCCUGAAGGCAUCCAAUGCCUCUGGCAAGCUUUUGGUAUUCAACUCAACGCUGCCCAUCGCCGAAGCGCCUGGCAAGCUCAAGAACCGUGAUGAUCGCAAACUGCUUGGCACAGACAAGGAGAAGACGGUUCUGACGCCGCAAACGACUGCGUACAAUCAGCUUGGACAGGAAUGUGUGCAGCAAGGCUGCUCCGUUGAUCUGUUUGUGUUCAAUAACGCCUACAUUGAUAUUGCCACCAUUGGCCAAGUGUCGCGUCUGACGGGUGGUGAGGUUUAUAAGUACACAUACUUUCAAGCGGAACUCGAUGGCAAACGUCUUAUUGAGGACAUCAUUAAAAACGUAUCGCGUCCGAUUGCUUUUGAUGCAGUGAUGCGCGUUCGAACCUCUGCGGGCGUUAGACCCACCGAGUUCUUUGGCCACUUCUACAUGACUAACACCACCGACGUGGAGCUGGCAAGCAUUGAUGCAACCAAGUCGGUGAGCAUUGAGAUCAAGCAUGAUGAUAAGCUGCCGCCGGAAGAGAACGUCUAUAUUCAGGUAGCGUUGUUGUAUACAUCGUGCAGUGGCCAGAGACGUCUGCGCAUAUUGAAUUUGGCGCUGCGCGUAACCGUAACCAUAGCAGAUGUGUUCAAGAGCUGCGACUUGGACGCCAUGAUGCUUUUCUUUGCGAAGCAAGCGUGCUUUAAGCUGAUGGAGCACUCGCCAAAACAGGUCAAGGACAAUCUCAUACAGCGAUCGGCGCAGAUUCUGGCCUGCUAUCGCAAGCACUGCACAUCUCCGACAUCAGCUGGCCAGCUGAUACUGCCCGAGUGCCUCAAGCUAUUGCCAUUGUACUCAUCGUGUUUGCUGAAGAACGAUGCCGUCUCUGGUGGAUCUGAUAUGACCCUGGAUGAUCGCUCCUAUGUCAUACAAUUUGUGCUGGCCAUGGAUUUGAAUAUGUCCGUCAACUAUUUAUAUCCACGCUUCAUUCUACACAAUGUGGACCCUGACGAGACGUCGCUACCAACGCCAGUGCGCUGCACACAUGAAAAGAUCACCGAGGACGGUGCUUACAUACUGGAGAACGGUGUCCAUCUCUUCAUCUGGCUGGGCCAGUCCCUGUCGUCCACAUUUGUGCAAUCUGUUUUCGGAGUCCAAUGCACGCAGCAGGUAAAUGCCGAACGUUUCGCUAUCACCGCCGAUACGCCGCUGGCACGACGCAUUACAGAUAUCAUCGAUCAGAUUAUGGACGAACGUACUCGAUACAUGCGGGUCACAUGUGUGCGGCAGAACGAUAAACUGGAGAGCGUAUUUCGGCAUUUUCUUAUCGAGGAUCGCGGCACAGAUGGCUCUGCUAGCUAUGUGGAUUUCCUUUGCCACAUGCACAAGGAGAUCAAGGACCUGUUAAGUUAGCACGUAGGCAACACGUACAAAUCGCCGGCUGUCAGCAGCAUUGCAACUGACGAGCGCUGGUCCAGAAGCUAUUCGCAGAAUCGGGCGCGCAUGCGUCGCCUCUCACUGAACAGUCGUCGGUUUAAAUGAGCGUGUUGACAUAUUUAUAGCAUAGAGCAGAUUAAACUUCAAUUAUACAUACAUAUAUACAUAUAUAUAAACAUAUAUCUGCGACAUCAUUUCGCGAGUUACAAAUCUUCCAUUAA